AUGUAUAUAUCAAGCUAUUUUUUCUCGCAAUUUACAUCAAGUAGCUUCACAUAUAUCUUUAAAAUAUUCACAUAUUUCUUUGUUUCAGCCUUCUCCGCUCAAUUAAAAACAUAUACGUUACUUUUCGUAGAAUCGACCACUACUGACGCUUCCCAAGGCCUCACAACAUCUGAGGAAGCUUCGAGAAGACGGUCCAACCAGUCUCAUCAUGACCAGUCAAGGAAGCAGCAGGAUCUCAAAUCACGCAACAGAGAGUCGAAAACGGCUUCUGGUGUUGAAAGUAGAGCCACUGCAGACAUUAUAGCGCACUUCUUCGAGGACGAGAGAAUCCCCAAAACGGACAGAAGACAGGAACACCAGCCAAGAGAUGAUGUAGAAUCCAGGGUUGACUCGGCCCAUUCAUCAGGUAAACAGCCAGAAAAACAGGAUGUCAGACGUAAAAAGGAAACACCGGAAAAUCACAGAGAACCUCGCAGUUCCUCUAGAGGUACAAAGAAACCAGGUAGUCCACCCAGAAGUCCAAGGAGACGCCACAGCACAUCGAGAAGUCGAAGAAGACAUCAUAGCCCCUCUAGAAGUCCGAGCAGACGUCAGAAAUCUGUGAACCCAUCUAGAAGAGAUACUCCUAGAAGGGCGAAAAAGAAUGAACAAGUUCGCUCGCGAUCUGUGGACGUCGAUAAAAAGCGACCCAUUCGGGAUCAACGUCCGAGUGCGAGGGACAGAGGCAAUCUUAGGGGCAGGGUGAGCACAGGGACGUCUUCUGACGGCAAACCCGGGUUCGUCAAGAAAUGGGUAGAACAACUGGAUGAAGGCAAGGGUAAUCUAUCGAGUGGCUUGAAGGUGGGACAAAGAUCAGAAGGCAUAGACCAAAAGAGAAAUACUUCAAAGGGUUGGGCUUCAACAGAAAAUGAUGCAGGGGGAUUGGACUCGGCCAAAUCAAAACUGCAAGCCGACACCAACACAAUGUCUGGUUUCUUCGACGGUUUCAAGGGAUCCUUUCUGAACUUGGUGGGUAGUGAUGAACAGAAGGAAAAGAACCCCAAGGAAGCGGGCGAAAUCGGUUGGGGCGAAGACACCGGCAGAUCACAUAGGAAGGCGCCGGAUGACUCGGGCUCUCUUGGUUUCCUGGGAGAUCUGAAACAGUCUUUAAGUUUGUCUUGGGAUAAAGAUGGGAAAAUCCAGGAAGACAGAAAUCGGGCCGCUCCGUUCAUUGGCAGUUUUGCAGGAGGCGAGGAUGGUGGCAACCAGGAACAUGGGGAAGCCGGCGGUGUGAACAGCAUACUGCGUUCCUUUGGCGGGAGACAACAAAAAGAUAAGCCAGGUCCAGCUCUGAUUUCCACUGAGAUGGGGGCUUGGGCAAAAGGUGAAGAUGGGGGAAGAGCCUCAGCUGGUACAGACAAAGAGCCAGUUGGCUUCCUCCGAAGCCUAGGCCAGACCUUUGGUGUGUCGCCGGAUGAAAGCAAGCAGCAAGAUACUGGCUCUAUCUUUUCAAAUAUAUUGGGAUCAUCUGAACGACGGGGAGGCAUUCAUGAAGAAACCCCGGCCUGGACGGAUGACAUUAAGGCAUUCAUUUUUGGCUCCCGUGAGGAUGAGGACGCUGGAGAGGACGACAAAGCCCGGGCAGAUCUCAACAUUUUGAAGGUCUUUGGCAAAAAAGACGACAAAGAAAGAGGCGACGGCGAGAUGCGCAUAAGUGACAUGAGUCCUGAGAUGCUGAGUCAGAUGAGUGAAAGAAGAGGGCAAAAGGCAGAAGAAGAGUCUUCAUUCUGGAACUUCCUGGGAAUAGGCGGAUCAGACGACAGAGAUCCAGCAACGACCAACUCCAGUCGGGCUGCCGGCAGACAAGGCGACAAUCCAACGAGGAGGGGCGACAACCCAGUCCGCGACUUCUUUGUUGACUUAUUUUAAACCUUCAAAUUUUCAACUGGUCCUUUGGUUUUGGGACAACUGAGAACAAAAUGUCUGCGUGGAAAAAUCUUUUCAGUAUGAACUUUCAUGCGAACUGUACUGUGGGAAUUGUCUUUCUGCGAAGUUUUGUUCUGGACAACAUUAACGUAAAUGUUAUGCUUGCUAAUUUUCCUUUGCGCUAGUUUCAUUAUAGUUACCUUUGUCAGGAAGUUUAUAUUUACAUUUUCCAAGAAGGUUGUAGUUUGGGUAGCGUUUGUGUGUGUGUUUGUGUUCAUGAGGAAAUUGACUAAACCCGCUCUGUUUCAUUAUAGGACUAUUGAAACAUGUGCCAUUUGUAAAUGAAAAAGAGAAGAAUAUAGAUAAAUAUUAUGCAAAUAAAGAACUAAUUUAUAUGCAUGAUAAAUGAGGAAAUGCUAUAAUCCCGUUGUGGUAAAAGACGGAAAUUUCUUACAUCUAGCAUUUGGGGAUUAUUUACAUUGAACAUGAUGCCUCAUUUGUAUACUUCGUAAGAAAACUUGACGUAGAUUGUGCAAGUCUGUAAUUUGGGUGAAGGAGAUUAUCAACUAAUAUUAUUUAUUUGAAUUAGGACCUUAUUUGCAUAAUCAAUGACAAACACAAUUAAUACACCAGUUGUAAAAGUUAAAAUCAUUGGCGAAGGUAUGUUGUAGUGGAACUCUAGUUUUGUAAUAUACAACUUGAUGUUUGCACCAAUCAUAUGUCUGAUGCUAUAUAUUAUCAAUUGUAUCAAGAAUUUAAUAUAUUACUGUAUUUAUAGCAGAAAACAUGUCAUCACUGUCAUCUUGCACUGUCUGUAACGUUAUACUAUUUUGAUAUACUGUUUUAUGUUGCAAAUAGCCCAUAGGGCAAGAACUAAUUACAAAUAGAGCUCCAUUAUAUUAUCAAUCAUUGGCAGCGUCAAGACUCAGGUAUAGAUUAUGUCACUGGCAUCCCUUCAAACAUUGCAAUACUUUAUCCUUGCCAUCGGAUCCUUCACCACAAAUUAGCAUGAUGUAUAGUAGAGCAGAGUCUGUGUAUAUCAACACGACCGUUCUAUCUUACCGUAAAUAAUUGAAAGAUGUCUGUUUGAUCUUCCCGCCAUUAUAUAGCUCCCCUGGCGGAAUAUAGUGGUACUACUGGCAGCAGUGAACAUGCUAAACUUGGCACAAUCCACCUAUGGCAACAAUGUCAUAAACACGUCCACACACAGAUACGUUAAUACAAUAGCACAGUGAUACAAACACAUUAAAACGACAUUUCAUUCAAGGACAUACAAAUAAA